GGGAACUUAACCUCUUCACCGCUACGAUCUCAUCGGAUCGGGAGGCGUCACGAAAAUAUCGUGAAUUAGUGGGAACUUAGAUCCGAGCUAGUUUGAUCGUACAUUAAUCUGUCUUGCGUAAUGAACCGACUUAUCCAUUAAUAAUAACGAUAAGAUUACUCCCGUUUAGUCCGGUUGCGCUGUAACGUAGGCGAAACAGCGCGUAACGAUGCCUCGGGUCGUGCUGAGGACGAGCGUAGGCUACAUACGGGCUAGAUCGUUCGUACGUUAGUUCCUCGGCUAUCAAAGCGGCCCACGGUCACGCGGUGAAGUGUACACGUUCUCCAAACCCGUCGGUUCCGUUGCACUACUAACUGGUAGCCAGCUCAUUCCCCGAUUAACGCCGCCGUAGUGUUGCCAGCCGACGAUCGAAAUAUGGGCGCAGCUUCGAACGCGACAUACUUAGGGCUUGAUCUCAGCACGCAGCAGUUGAAAGCGGUGGUGGUUGAUAAUGAUCUCAGCGUUCUCUGCGAAACCAGCGUGCAAUUCGACAAUGAUCUGCCGGAGUUUAGAACAUAUGGCGGGGUUAUUCAAAAGAAAGAUGAGCCACACGUGGUGGUCACUCCCACGUUGAUGUGGGUUAAGGCUUUGGACAUGAUCCUUGAUAAAUUACGCGUCUGUGGCGUUGAUUUUAGCAAAGUGGCCGCUAUUUCCGGAUGCGCACAGCAACAUGGCACGGUUUACUGGGGCAAGGGCAGUCGAAAUCACUUGCGGCAACUGGAUCCGGCGAAAUUCUUGCACGGGCAACUCGUCACAUCAUUCUCAGUGACGCCGUCACCUGUGUGGAUAGAUUCCAGUACCACUAAGGAAUGUCACAUUUUGGAGGAGAUCGUGGGUGGUCCUCAGAAAUUAACGGAGAUAACGGGAUCUCGGGCGUACGAGAGAUUCUCAGGACCUCAAAUAGCAAAAAUAGCACGCAGGAGGCCCGAAGCCUACAGCAACACUGAGAGAAUCUCUUUGAUUAGUAGCUUUCUCGCAUCCUUGUUUCUGGGCGAUUUUGCGCCCAUUGAUUGGUCCGAUGGAUCUGGAAUGAAUUUAUUGAACAUCCACACAAAAGAUUGGGACGAUGUACUUUUGGAGGCCUGCGGACCUGACUUAAGGGAAAAACUCGGAAAACCUGUUCCCACUUGUAACGACAUUGGGCCGAUUUCGUCCUAUUUCGUAGAACGAUUUGGCUUCGACGAGGCAUGUAGAAUAAUUGGCUUCACAGGCGACAAUUCUGGUUCCCUAAUAGGAAUGAGAUUGAAGGAUGGAGAUAUCGCUUGUAGCUUAGGAACGAGUGAUACUCUAUUUUUAUGGUUAAACAAGCCAAAAGCUGCUUUGGAGGGUCACGUGUUCUGUAAUCCUCUCGAUGAAAAUGCUUAUAUGGCGCUAUUAUGUUUUAAGAAUGGAUCUCUGACGCGUGAAAGAAUUCGCGAUAGCGCAGCACAAGGAUGUUGGCAAAUUUUUAAUGAACUAUUGGAGAGUACUCCGCGCGGUAAUUUUGGGAAUUUAGCUCUAUAUUUCGACGCACAAGAAAUUUUGCCUUUCAUCAUCGGUGACCAUAGAUUCAAUAAAGCCAAUGAUGAAAUAUCACGAUACAGCUCGAAAGAGGUCGAAGUUAGAGCCCUAAUCGAGGGACAAUUCGUCGCAAAAAGAGCACAUGCGGAGGACUUUGGUUUUGUUAUCGGUCCUGACACCCGCAUCAUUGCGACAGGGGGUGCCUCCACAAACAAGGCAAUAUUGCAAGUACUCUCUGACGUUUUCAAUUCACCAGUGUACACAUCGGAAAUGGCUAAUUCAGCUAUGAUGGGUGCAGCUUACCUAGCAAAGUACGCUUUAUUUCGAAACGAAUGCACUUUCGAUGAAAUAACACGCUGCUUGCCUGAGCCGAGACUCGUAUGUCGUCCUUAUGAUGAUGCAGAUUCAAUAUAUAGAUCUAUGGUUCUCCGUUAUCGAAAGAUAGUGGAGCAAAUUACAAAGAAAGCAAGUACAAAUUAAUGUAUGUAAAUUCUAUACAUACGCCGCAAGAAAAGUGGUUAUUCUAACGAGGCCUUCACAUUGCAUAAUAUACAGUAGGAAAUAGGAAAUCGAUUAUGUAUUUAAUUAUAAUCUGGUGCGUGAUAAAUUUUUUACGGCGUUUUUUAAACGAAUUUUAGAAGCUUGCUUUUUAUAAUGAAAAAUAUUGAAGUUUCAAUGAAUUUUAUGAAUCUGAACAAUGAUAUUAGAAGUAUAAGUAAAAUUGUUAGGAAUAUCUUUUCUUGAAAACACGAAAAAAUGGUUUUAAUGAGAAGUUGCUAAAGACACUUGGGGUAGAGGUAUACACUAUAAAUAUAUGAAGAUUAUGUUUUGCAACAACUCUUUUAAUAUUUCAUUGCAUCUUCUAAUUAGCUAUAAAUUGCUGAUGCCUUAUGGAUAAAAGUACAAGAUAAAACUAAGUGCAAUUUUUUAAAUGAAAGUUGAACUUACGGGAAACUACUUUUAUAUAUUUAUAUUUAUGAAUUUUAUUAUAUUCCAUUAAUUUAUUAAACCGUAAUUUAUUACAACUGUAGGCUAUGGUGAAGAAUAAUAAAAACUUAAAUUAGUUUA